AUGAGGACGCUAGCGGUGUUUGUUCUGGCGGCUACGUUGGCGCUCGCUUCGGCGGCGUUCGUGCCGAGCUCGAGCCAGGUGAAGUACGCCGAGAAGGAUUUUCUACACAAGCAGGAGGAUCUGCUGCUGCUGUUCCGCCAUCUGUACGAGAAGGACUGGAACCCGCAGCUGGUGGCGUACGCCAAGAACUUCGCCUUCAAGGAUAGCGCCGAGCUGUACAAGCACGAACCGACCGCACCGUUUGCAAAGAAGCUGUACGCGUACUACGAGCAUGGUCUGCUUCCCAAGGGUGAAGUGUUCUCCGUGUACGACGAGGUGCACCGUGAGCAGGCCAUCGCCCUGUUCAACGUGCUGUACCACGCCAAGGAUUGGGAGACGUUCUACAAGGUGGCCGCCUGGGCUCGUUACCACGUCAACGAGGGUAUGUUCGUGUACGCCCUGACCGUGGCUGUUACGCACCGACCUGAUAUGGCUGGGUAUGUACUUCCGGCACCGUACGAGAUCAGCCCGUACCACUUCAUCAACACCGAAGUCGUGCAGAAGGCGCAGCAGUACAAGAUGCAGGGCUACUUCGGCAUGAAGAAGGUUGAUGGCGUGUACACCGUCGUCAUCCCGAGCAACUACACCGGGUGGUAUGUGCAUACCAACGCCGAGCAGAAGCUCUCUUACUUCACCGAGGAUGUCGGACUGAACACCUACUACUACUACCUUCACACCGACUAUCCGUUCUGGCUUGGAGGAGAGAAGUUUGGCCUACACAAGGACCGUCGCGGUGAGCUGUAUCUGUUCGAGCACCAGCAGAUCCUGGCCCGUUACUACCUGGAGCGCUUGUCGAACGAACUUGGCCACAUUCCGGAGUUCUCGUAUUUGGAACCGAUCGCCACCGGUUACUACCCAGAUCUGCAGUACUACAAUGGACACAGCUUCCCGGCCCGUGACAACUACUACCAUGUUGAUCAGGAGGUGAACUUCCGUGCGAUCCGUCAGGUUGUGGACUACGAGAAGCGUCUGCGUGACGUUAUCGACCAGGGCUUCUUCGUACUGCCCGAUGGCAAGACGGUGAACCUGAGCACUCCCGAGUCGGUUGAUGUCCUCGGCAACCUGAUCCAGGCGAACCCGGACAGCAGUGAGCACCGUUUCUACAAGUAUGUCGCCAUGUUUGCCCGCAUCAUCAUGGGUGCGGCCAUUGAGCCGGUGGAUCCCCAUCAGGCCAUCCCGAGCGUACUCGAGCACUACGAAUCGGCCAUGCGUGAUCCGGUGUUCUACCAGAUCUACAAGCGCGUCGUAGGCUACUACUACCAGUUCAAGAACCACCUGCCAGCGUACACCUACGAGCAGCUGUACUUCCCGGGCGUGAAAGUCGAGGGUGUCGUUGUGGACAAACUGCAGACCUUCUUCGAUCACUUCGACGUGGACAUCACCAACGCCAUCGACAUCGAGCCGGAGCCGUACGUGGAAGGCAAGUACACCGGAUUCGGCGAGAUCGAGUAUAAACCGGACCCGGUGGUCAUCAAGGCGAGCACCGUGCGUCUCAACCACAAGCCGUUCACCUACAAUAUCAGUCUGACCGCGGAGAAGCCUGGUAAGUCGGUGGUUCGUGUGUUCCUUGGCCCCAAGUACGACGAGUACGGUGGACUCUACACGCUCAACGCUAACCGCGAGAACUUCUACGAGCUGGACUACUUCGUGCAGGAGUUGACCGCUGGCAAGAAUGUGGUCACGCGUAGCUCGGUCAGCUUCAACGGCUACGUCAAGGAUCGCACCAGCUUCUACGAGCUGUACCGCAAGGUGAUGGCCGGCUACAAGGGUGACGAGAAGUUCCCGCUCGACAUGUCCGAGGCGCACUGUGGCUUCCCGAACCGCCUGAUGUUGCCCAAGGGCAAGAAGGGUGGCAUGCCGUUCCAGCUGUUCGUGGUCGUGUCGCCGUUCGUCGAACCCAAGGUGCCACUGUUCACCGGUUUCGAUCCGGUGCUGUCGUGUGGCGUUGGAUCCGGCGCCCGCUAUAUGGACGGCUACGCCCUCGGAUACCCACUGGAUCGUCCGGUCGACGAGAAGGUGUUCUACACCGUGCCGAACGUGUACUUCCAGGAUGUCGUCAUCUACCACAAGUCGCAGGGUGACCUGUAA